AUGUCUUGGUCGCUCUCGCGACCUGCCCAACCUGGGGUAGCCUACGGGUGGCUGCGCUCCCCGAGAUGGUCCACACUAGAUCUUGGCACUUUCGGCGGGAAUGAGGCCCAAUCGAAUGGAAACGUCGAGCAGGGAGGAACAACCGAAACGACAGGGCACCUGAUAAACAACCCUGUCUUCCCCGAGGACUGGACCAGUGGGACCUCAAGGGCUGUCAUGAAGGACUGUAUCGAUGGGUGGGUUAUAUAUGCAGCCAAGCCCUCGGCAUUCUGGGCAAGAGAUACCACCAGCCGGUACGGGCAAAAAUUGCGGCGGACGGCGGCCUGCGUUGUUGGGGAUUCGGCUUCAAUGAACUGUUGCGAGCUCACUCACUCAGUACCCGUCGCCACCUAG